UUGUGGUAAAGGGGUGCAAAUUAUCACCCUUUGCUUUUACAGUAAAGGGGCUGAAUUAAAAAACCUUCAUCUUGAUGCCUUUCUAUUAAAAGAAAAGAGGAAAAAAGCAUGACUUGUCCUGUAUCUCUUGUUAAAUCUUUCGUUUUUUGUUUUGUUUUACGUGACCUAUUCUUUUUCAGUCACUGAAUUAUAAUUUGGCCCAUGCGAGGUCUCCACCUCGAUGUAUUUUAGCAGUCUUGGGACAUAAUAUAUUUUUAAUCUGCUCAUUGGAUUAACAUACUAAAAGUCAGACAAAAUGAGAGCUUUGAACAUCAGAAUUUAGGCCAUGAUGUGGUGGGAUUAUUUGAGAGUCUAAAUCCAUAGUAAAUGAAUGACAAAGCUCUUGUACAUACAGUAUCUCUGUCUGUUCACCUGUCUGUCUGUUUUUAAUCCUGUCUUCACUGUCUCGUUCUCUCUCUCCAACGUAUUUUUUCCUCCCCGUCUGUUUUGCCUGUUUUCCCCCAGUAAUCUCCCAUAUUCUUUCUACUGUUCCUUAAACACACAAAUUGUUUGGACAAUCUGGAUGAAAGAAUAUAUAUAUAGAGAGAGAGAGAUCUCAUUCAUUUUCAUUCAUUGAUAACUCCAAGAAACAUAUGCGGCUCCUUCUAAGUAAUAGAUUUAUUUUAGUAUAGGCUUUCAGAUUGAUGGCAGAAGAUAGGAUAUGACUGACAGGUAAAGCAACCAAUCACGUUUAGUUUUGUUCCGCGUCAUGACAUGUCAUAAGACAAGCUUAUUCUUUUAUAUUCUUUCUUUCAUACAAUUUCAUGCUUUCUCUCACUGUAUAUAAUCACUAACGAAACAUCUGCAGCACCUCUCUGAACAUUACUGAUGGAAAGCCUGAAAUAAAUCCAUCAUUAAUCCAACAUUGAGAGCCCCCUUCCCUCCCCCUUCUCCCAAUAACUGCUCUAAUCUCAGAUGGAUGGGGCUUUUAAAAAGUUAUUUAAAGCAUGGCUUUGAUUUUCACUUUGUACUGUCCCAGCUUAUUUUUCACUGGCCAAACCACAAAAAGGAGGCUCAUCACAUCAAUACUGCUAGUUCACAGCCGUUAUCUCUUCUGCCGGAUGUUCCGAUAACACUAAUAUAUUUAAGUGAUUUUCUCUUGUCUUGGAAAUGAGAGUAUGCAAAGAACCAAAGUGGAGUUCAAGUGCGCAAUGUCAAUUAUUCCACCAUAUAAAAUCUUGAAAUAUCUGAAUUAUUCAUUUACAGUGGUUUUAAACAGUAUUGAGCCGGAGAUGUUAGAUUUUCCCAUUAUCUGUAGUCACUUCCCAGCAUCACUGUAAUGAUAGGGGAUGGCUUCACAUUAAGCUUUGUUAUAGAGAUGUAGUGUCAGGUUAAGGACGGUCUGGGGAAAUGGAUAGAGCUUUUACAUAGAGCCGCUGAAUGAAGUCCGUACACGCCAGCCUGGCUAUAUUCCAUCUGAUGGUGAUGCUUCAGUAAUAUAUAAUAUAAUCAAGUGUUACUAGUAGCAUUAAACAUCUUUGACAUGUCAAAGUACAGAAAUGUCUUAUAAAACUAGGUUCUGUCAGUCACAGCAGUGGCUUAUUGGUAGAGAGACUUGUCUUCUGUGUUUGUUAUUAGAAUCUAAUUCAUUAACAUAGCAUUUUGUGAGAUGUCAACUGACAUGGUUUUAUUUAAAUGUAAUUUUCAAAAAGAUAAAUGAUGUAAAGGAGAAAAUUAUUUCAUUUAAGUUAUUUAUUCCAAACACAAAUUUCAUGUUGUUUUUGGAUCUUUCAGCAUAACGUCUGAUGUUCAUUCAUGAUUAUUUUGUGCUAUAACUCUGCUAGUAAAGCAGGAGAGAUAAUCGUUCACUGGCACUCUGCGCUGUCGUUUGAACUAUAGACACAUAGCUGGCCAGCAGACUGAUUUUAGAGGGAACCACUUCUUUAGCUGGUCAGGCUGGGAGACCAGCUAGCCAACCAGUUAAAACCAGCUUAGUCAGUCUGGGAGACCAGCUUGACCAUUUUAGCCAGACUGGGAGACCAGCUAAUACCAGCCAACCAGCUUAUGUUCACCCACUUAAUCAUGAGUUAAUGUCAUUACUGUUAGUUACUACAGCCUACAGUUUGCUAGCUAGCUAUGCCUUCAUCAUGUAAAUGCAUAUUACCUGUUAUAUGGCUGUGUAAAUUCAAGCUGCUAGAGGGAGCAUCCAUUCAGGUUGAGGUGGCAGCUUUCCCGUGAGUGGGCAUGAAUUAAAUGCCCCUAAUAUUUGAGAGCAGAGAAUACUGCUUAUUUUUUUAACAUUUUAAUAACUUUAUUUACUUGGCGUUUUUUUAAAUCAUUUAAAUUACUCACACAUUUUCUGUAGUUUGACAAACUCAGAACCCAUAUUUAUUAUUGCUUUACACAAACUUUAAUCAAGCUUUGUUAAGCCUCGUGUCUCACCCAUAUUUUCACUGCAGCAUGUGUAUCACACACAGCACGCUCACACACACUGCCUGUGUGUGUGUGUGUGUGUGUGUGUGUUUUGAGUGUGUGUUUUAGUUAAACAGGAAAAAUAUGAGCAUGUAGAGGUGAGACAUUAAGAUUUGUUUUUCCCUAAUGCCAAAUAGCGCACUUGCACUAAUUUUCCCUGUUUAGUAAAACUGGCCCUAAAUAUAUUACAGUUUGAUGGUACACUGUAUUACAUAAUUUAAUGCCUGUUUCCUUCUUUUAAAUCAAUCAGUCAAUCAAUCUCCAUGUGUAAAUCUUAAACUAUUUGGUGCCUACUAAACAACUUGAUCAUGCAUAUUUGAAUUUUUUAACCCCUUUUCACUAGCAUUUAUUUUACAUAACAUUGCAUAGCAUUUAUUACAUUCCACCUGUCACUUGUUUGUAAAUAUAGAAAUUAAUAACUGGUCUAAGAUCAGAGGGUGGAAUUUGACAGUAGAAAACAUCACAGUUUGCUGGUAUACUGGUAUAUAUUACAUAAUUUUGAUUCCAUAUUGCUUCAUUUAAAAUAUUUCAGCUACAUGCCAGUGUUUUGCAGGUGUUUCAGCUUUAGCUUGAACAUGAAUUAUUUCCCUAACAAAUGACACAUUUAUUAUGUAUUAUUUGAAAUACAGAAUAUACAUAAAACUCAUGUUUUACGAGUGCCAAGAUCUGUUGCUUGGCAACAGCAGAUUGUGGAAUGUAGUAUUUGCGAAUGAUCUUACAUCUCUGGCUAUUUCUGACCUCAGCGGGGGAGGACAAGAGUGAGAGGGAUGCAGAAAGAUAGAAUAACUUCAAAGAGAACAAGAGAGGGAUAUGUGUAUGAGUGUGUGUGGGGGGCCGGCAGUCAGUUCUGCCUUCCUACAACCCAUCUGAUAUAAGACUGUGUUGCUACGGGCAACACAGAGGGAGGGGACAGGGUAUGAUUAAGCAGAGAUGGUGAAAAAUAACCACUUUUUGGCCUGUUUUUUUCAUUGUGUGAGCUGACGUAGACAUCAGUGAGGACAGCAGAGAGUGAAAAAGAGAGAAAGAGAGGGGAUGCUGAGUGGGCAGGAAAACAGACAGCGGGCAUCCAAUCAGCUGCAGCAAAGUCAGCGUCCUUUUGUCCAAUAGAGUGUGACGAGUCUCCUCCAGUGUGAGCUAACAGCGCUGGUGGUUGGUGUCUUAUUAAUGAAUGGAGCGUCUCACAGGCAGCAAAACGGUGCUUGAGCUCUCUCUCCCUCGACGGAAAAGGCAGCACAAACAAAAUAGUACUAGCACGUCGCACCUCGACAGAAAACAACUGCAGCAGCCGUGCACAAACAUGAAGAAGCACCAACACGAGGAUGACAACUCCGACAGCGAUGCAGAGCAGGAAUCUUCUGUUCGAUCUACUAUGAAUGUCCAUCCUUCCUCUUCUUCUUCCAACAUCCUUCUUCCCCCGUCUUCUCAGCGGAGGUCUAUCUCCAUGGGAGACUUUCGGAGGGUCCCUGCUGGACAGGCGGGCUCCGAGCCGUCCUCUGCAGCUGCAACGGCACCCUCGUCCAAACUGGUCACCCCCAGCUCGAGUAUGGAGUUCGAAGCAGCUCGUCGACGCCUCCUGGAGGUGGAGGAGCGCCAGCGUGUCAUCAGGGAAAUGGAGAGACGACUGGAGGAGCUAAGGGAGGUGUUUGUGCGCUCUGAACAGGAGGCAGUGGAACACGGGGAGCUGGUUGCCCGCAUCACCGCUGCCGCUCAGCAGGGAGAACUAUAUGUGGCGGAGAACGGACAGCGGCUGAAAAAGGGAUUGCGGUUCAAACGGCACAGGCCCACCAUUGUCUUCUCCUCCAUGCUGGGGCUGAGAACGUGCCUCCCUUGGCCUGUCAAACUCAAAUAGCAAAACAAGACGGUUCAUCACCGCUGUCACACGUCACAACAGCAUCGUCCUAUUCACAUCCAAGGAUGUCUCAUUUUCUACUCGCUAUUAGUCAGGAAAUGCUGAAACCUUUGCUUUGUUUGUAUAUAUUGUUAACUGAGAUCUUAGAUGGUGCUUCAUUUGAGCCCACUGAAAUGGCGCAGGCCUCAUAUUUGCUGCUUGAACAACCCAAGACACUGAACUUUGCUGAUGUUUAGAGCUCUGUGCAUGUGUUACACGUCAUGUACCUGGGGUCGCUUAGUGUGAAUGUCAGGAGACAGAAGGGCGCUGUUCUUCCAGAAGUCGUCACUCAGGUUUCCUGGUUCAAAAUGAAAAGCAUUCUUCUUGCUGCAGAAACAGAGCAUUCAGGCCUUUCACACCAAGUAUGCUUACAAUAACUAUAAGUAUAUUGGCGUUCAUACCAACGUCGAUAACGUUCUGGUUGCUGCUGUUAUGUAGUCUGCCACUGUGAAUGCUAAAGCUCUUUAAUGUCAGGUGAAUUCUGAUUGGCUGGUUUUGAAAGUGAUUCCAACAAUAUUAUUCCAGUUUCACUGUGGACGUCACUGUUCUCAUUGUAUUAGAACUUUAUCGUUAUCGUUCCCGCUAUACACUCAAAAAUAAAGGUUCCAAAAGGGUGUUUUUGCAGUGAUGCCAUAGAAGAACCAUUUUUGGUUCCCCAAAGAACCUUUCAGUAAACAGUUCCUAAAAUAAUCAUUUUGAGGAACAUUUUAAAAAUCUAAAAAACCUUUGACUAUAAAGAACUUCUUCUGCAUUUCUGCUUUUGAAAGGUUCCAUGUAUGUUCAAGGUUCUUUAUAGAACCAUUGAUGCCAAUAAAGAACCUUUAUUUUUAAGUGUAUAGUUAACAUCCUCGGUGUGAAUGACAGAUGAAUUGUACGCAUUUGUGAUUGUACGAUUUGCUGGGGAUGGAGGCUUGUGAGAAUUUGCGCACAUGCGCUCUGGUUCUCUUGAGUUCUCUAGCUUACAUCUGGGGCACCCACUUAGCAUGUGUGGAUGGAGAAGAGAAGUGGCGAUUUAUCUCUCUCUCUGUCAACAUUCCAUCUGGGGCCUCUCUCGUCCCCCUGUCGCUUAGCAACCUGGACCUGACUUUCCUUCAGAAUGUGUUUGACAUCAACAGAUCCAAAAUUAUAGCUCAUGAAUGACAGGCAGAGGGCAUUUUGAGAUUCUUGCUUUCAUUGGAGACCACUAGUUUGAGGGUACACUACUAAAAUUGCCUUCAUAUAUGUAGUUGAAAUAUGUAAGUAUAUGGCUGUGUCCGAAACGUCAGUCCCUUGAAGGUCCUGAAGGCUUUCAGACUGGCUUCUAAAGCAUCAUACUGUAAUAUGUAAUGAUCCAGAACUAAUUUUUGUGAGAGAUCACCAAACAAAUAUUUAAUGAGUACAAAUUUUUAAUUCCUGACAGAAAUUCGUAAAUUAUUAACCACUCUAUCAGAUACUAUUCUCAGGCUUUCCAGCAGUGCUAAACCCCACGUAUAGAAUUAUGGAACAUUACUGGUUAAACAGGAUCAAAAGCCUUUAAAAUGAACCUGAUGAAGGCAUGUUAAACAGACGGGAUGUUAUGCUAACAUCUGAUGCCUUCCUACCUCCGUAUGCUACCUGCAAACGCUGCUUUUUUCAGGUUCCAGACACAGCCAAUAUUACUCAUUUGAUACUGAAUAGAAACAGACUAUUAAGUGUACCACAUAGAUCUUUUAGGUUGGUUAUUUGGUGCAACUGCUCUUAUGAAAACUUACUGUCUCUGCUGCGUUUUCCUCUCUCUCUCUUUGAGCAAAUGGCUCUGGCUCAGCCUUGUUUGAGAGGAGUGCGCUUGGGGACUUCAGCAAAACACAGGAGACUGCUAUUCUUGGCUUGAACCAGUUAAGUCUGGAAGAUUCUGGCCUAGGUAGAGAGAGAAAGAUGAUUUGAUGCUGGCUAUCCUUGUAUGUCUUUAGUGAGCAGAAUAACCUUUCCUUCGGCAGAUAAAUUUAUGCUGUACUGCGGGGUAAGCCAGCAGGACCGUACAUCACCACUGAGAAUGUAGCCUGCACCUGGCAUCUUGCCUCAUUGUGUAAGCAGACAGUCGCUCUACUCGCUGCAUCGUGUUGGGAAAUUACUGCAUUAUCUUUAUCUAAUAUAUCUUUAUAUAAUGUAUACUUUUAUAAUACAUUUAAUGAGCACAAGUUAUUAUAGCAGUAGUCCAGAUAUUUUGGAUUCAUUUUGCUCUGUAUUAUCGGUUUCUGUUCUAGCAAAAUUUAAAAGUCUUUAACAAGAUUUUAAAGGAAUACCAAAAAUGAAAAUUCCAUCAAUUACUCAACCUCAUGUCGUUUUAACCCUGUAAGACCUUCGGAACACUUAUUAAGAUAUUUUUAAUGAAAUCCGAACUACCAUGUUCAAGGCUCAGAAUGGUAGUAAGGACAUUGAUAAAAUAGUACAUGUGACAUCACUGAUUCAACCUUAAUUUCAUGAAACUACGUUCUACAUCGGGGUUCUACAUCAGAAUGCCGACUCCUGCGUCAGCAGCACCACAUGCAAAAAGCUCUCGGAUUUCACCAAAAGUAUCUUAAUUUGUGUUCCGAAGAUGAACGAAGGUUUUACGGGUUUGGAAAGACAUGAGGGUGAGUAAUUAAUACAGAAUUUUAAUUUUUGGGUGAACUAUACGUUGCAUCUACUUACUCUUAUGUAACAUUAAUUAUUCAAUUGAAACGCUGUGAUUACAAUCAUUGUAUACAUAUAGAAUGUCUUUUAACAGGGUCACUUUGCAAUCCACUCUAUAUAUUCUACUGCACGCUGGUGCUUUUUGUCUCUGCAGCUCUGCGUGACACCCACGCAUCUGCGUGUGACGCUGUUAGAUUUACGUCAUUUGACGGGGCAGGAUGCCUGCAGACCACAGUCUUUAUUCAUUUUUAUCGAUCAGGCAUAAAGCAAACAAUAGAGGUGACUGAAUCUCAGUUUAAGGGCUACUUACACAGAAUAUCUCUGUGUCCUUGGUUUGCCGAUCUCCCUUAUUUUGGGAGGGAUUUGAUUUAGGCAGCUGUAGAUUAUGCUAGAUUUAGAACACACGAUUGAUCGGCUGCUGUAAAGUGUGUGAAAGAUGAUGAAUACGCCUGCAGAGUUCUUGAGCGACAUAUCAACUGCAAACCAAACUAUGUUGCUGUGAUGAAAGCCUUGUGUGAGGACAUGUUUUCAGCGAUUACUGUUGGAAUGAAAUGGAAAUGAUGAAUCCAUCUAAUGGGAUUCCCUACAAAAAUUUACCAUGGUAACCAGAGUUUCUGCUCAAAUAUCUUGAUUUGAAGAAUUAAUGUUGCUACUGUAAAACCACAACAAAGUAUUAUGGGAUCUGUUUUGAACAGUGUAGGAAGGUUUCAAAAGAUGAUAUUUAUUAAGCAGAUCUUUGAAGUGCUUGAUUCUGAUUGGUCAUUUGUAGUCAGGGUUGUCAGGUUUUCACAACAAAACUUGCCCAAUUGGUACGCAAAACUAGCCUAAACUAGUGCAAUUGCAUUCCACAGUGUAAAAUACACAUUUUUUGACUGGGUUCCCCUGGUAAAAUUCACAUUCCAGGGGAUAAAUAUCACGUCACUGGGGUCGCUUCAACCCGCGGAUAUGAAAAACAACUUGCGGCAACAAUGUUAGAGUAGCCCAAUUCCACAGAAAACCGCAGAUUUGGCAACACUGGUUGUGGCGUUGUUUUUUUUUGUUUGUUUGUUUGUUUUUUUUGUUUUUUUCAUUUGUGUUCAUUCAAGUUAUUAGCCAUGAACCAAACCAAUCAGCUAAAAGGUGAAUCACAACAUUACAAACAUUACAAAAAUUAUGUUUUUACAUUACAAUCAAACAAAAAAAAGAUGCAAAAGAAUAUUUGAAAUCUGAACAAAGAGAAAAAGGUAAUUUGUGUGCUUAAUGGGUAUGAGCAGGUGUAGUUUUGGUGUGAUUUACUUACAGCAAUUCUGUGAUUAGUUAAGAUUUUUUCGCAGAAUGUAGUUUUUGGGUAACGUAGUUUUUCACUAUUUGCCUGUCCUCACCAGGCGCAACACGGUUAGGCUAUAGCACGCCACAAAAUCUAUCAAAUUUCACAGCCAAUCAGACACGUAUGCUAGUAAAUUAAUAUUCUAAUUCAUAAAUGUUAAACGUUUUUAACUUUAUUAAAAGUACAUACUGAGUGACCGAUACAAUCUUUGUUAUGGGAUUUACUUGUUGGUUCACACUGAGUUAACAGUUUUAACUUACAAGUUUGCUUUAGUUUAUUUCCACGAUCUGAGGUAAACUAUGGUUGCUUUCAGUAUGGCUAUAAACUCACAUUAGACACUUUUAACACUGAAUAAAGCACAAAUCAGUACCUGAGAUUAUCAUUGUCAUAGUUUGUAUGUUGUUGUUCCAGCUGUGACGUUGUAGAAUAACCGUUACUAAAUAUGUGACCCUGGACCACAAAACUUCUUCAAUUUUUCGAAAUUGAGCUUUAUACAUAAUCUGGAAGCUGAAUAAACAAGCUUUCAAGCAUUUUUCAAGCAUUGAUGUAUGGUUUGUUAUGAUAGGACAAUAUUGGGCUGAGAUACAACUAUUUGAAUAUCUGGAAUAUGAGGGUGCAAAAAAAUCUAAAUAUUGGGAAAAUCACCUUUAAAGUUUCCAAAUGAAGCUCUUACUAAUGCAUAUUACUAAUCAAAAAUCAAGUUUUGAUAUAUUUACAGUAAGAAUUUUACUAAAUAUCUUCAUGAAACUUGAUCUUUACUUAAUUUCCUAAUGAUUUUUGGCAUAAAAGAAAAAUCAAUAAUUUUGACCCAUACAGUGUAUUUUUGGCUAUUGCUACAAAUAUACCCCAGCGACUUAAGACUGGUUUUGUGGUCCAGGGUCACAUAUAAUCCCCUGUCGCUUGUCGCUUUUGCCGCUGGUUAGGACAAAAACCGGGAAAACGGAAAAGAUACUUUUUUUGUCACGUGUCGCGGCGUCGCGUCUGGUUAGGACAGGGUGUCACAGUUAAAAGACAGUAUAUCUGGUUUUAAAGAUUUCUAAUGUAUCAUUGAAAAUCAAUACCCUACUGACAAAAUGAAUGGGAUUUUUACUUCUGGAACUCUGGAUCAUUUCCAUGGUUUUAUUGUAGUAAUAGCCUUACCACUGUCAGGUACCAUGGUACAUUUUUUUAAGGGAUUCUAGUUUGUAGAAAUCCAGCAAUGCUACCAGAUGCCUGCUGAAUGGUUUCCCGUUAGCAUUUGUGAUUUAUAGGCUACAUUUACUCAAAAGCUAAAACAUUCAUCAAAUGCCUUAUCUUGUUUACUGUACAUAUGUAAUUCAUUUAAGCUGUGUGGUUAAAAGACACCUCAACUGGAGUCUCUCUCACGCACCGAUUUUUGCACUGCACCUUUUAUGAGUUUUGCUAUGACAGAUAUUAAAAGAAAAGCUUUCCCAAAGAUCUCUCUGGGCCCACUUGCAGGAUGAAUGUAAAGUCUGUCCUUGUGUUCAUGUAUACAGUUAUGAUGCCAUAUCCUAUAGGUUUCAUCAAGUAACAGUAAUCUUUGUAAACACUUUCGUUGGUUUUGUUGUCACAUCUACUUUUUUAGAUCAGCUUAUUCAUUAUUUCUGUUCUCAACUGUAAAAUAACUUUCUCCAAGCUAGUGUGAUCUUAAUGCUCAACAACUAUUUACAACAGCUUUUAUUUUUAGUGACAUUAUAAGAGAAGCUUUUCUGGUAAAAGACAUUUAAAGAGGUUCACAAACUCUUUAACUUUUGCCUUUGACUGUAUUCUUUUAAACACUGUUGAAAUUCUAAGAAUGUAUCAUGCUUUAAAUUUAUGUAUUUAAUGUGCUUUUCAAAGUUUUAUUCACAGUCUUUAAAAAUGGCCUAUUCUGUAUUUACUGUUAUUUAAACGUGUUUCACACAAGAUUUAACUUUCAAAAACCUGUCUCUUGUCUAAAACUACAAUGAUGUAUUUAUAUUUUCUCUUUUUGCUCUCACUUGCAAGUUUUACUGAAAAAAACAGCUGGAAAUUAAAUCAAUUGCUUCUGUACAUUUA